AAAUACAAGUUAUCAUCCACGUUGAGUGGCCUUUUACUGUAGGCUAGACUGAGAGAGUUACCCAUCUGUAACAGUCAACAUAAUCUCCAUCGUACAUCAUGUCAUGAAUGGGUUCCCACUUCAAUCAAGAAUAAGUAAGUGAGCAGUAACUCGAAAGUCGAAGCCAACUUGAUUGGACCGUCUGUUUCUUAAACAAAAUUGACAGACAGGUAAGGACGCAACAUAAACCCCCCAUGUGUUUCUGGCGUCUAUUGUCUACUCCCUACACCAAAGGAAAAACAAAGACAACCCCCGAAGGGGCAGAUCGUCAAAGGUUGUCUUAAUAGAAAAAAAAUAGCAAUUUACCUGCCAUAAAAAAUCAACAAGGGUAACAUCACAAUGAAAAAUUUUGGAGAAAGAUGCAACUUCUUAGGGUAAAGCGGGAAGCAUAAAAAUAGGAUUUAAUCAUCCUACACCUGGAAGUCAUCCAAUUUCACAUCUUGCAUUCCCCUCCAAGUAAAUAUCAAACACUAUAUUUGAAGAAGCAAGAGCUUGGUGUUUCAGUCAGAAUGGAGUCUUGCUACUGCAUUGAGCCACAAUGGCCUGCAGAUGAGCUGUUGAUGAAAUAUCAAUAUAUUUCUGAUUUCUUCAUUGCACUUGCUUAUUUCUCAAUCCCUUUAGAGCUUAUAUACUUCGUCAAGAAAUCUGCUGUGUUUCCAUAUAAAUGGGUCCUUGUGCAGUUUGGUGCGUUUAUAGUACUUUGUGGGGCAACACAUCUUAUUAGCUUGUGGACUUUUACAAUGCACACAAGAACUGUGGCAGUAGUAAUGACCACUUCAAAGGUUUUGACUGCUGUGGUAUCAUGUGCAACUGCCUUGAUGCUUGUACAUAUUAUUCCUGAUCUAUUGAGCGUAAAAACUAGAGAGUUAUUUUUGAAAAAUAAGGCUGCAGAGCUUGAUAGAGAAAUGGGCCUGAUUCGUACACAAGAAGAAACAGGUCGACAUGUUAGGAUGCUUACUCAUGAGAUCAGAAGUACUUUGGAUAGACAUACAAUACUAAGAACCACUCUUGUUGAAUUGGGUCGAACCUUGGCUCUAGAAGAAUGUGCAUUGUGGAUGCCAACACGUACUGGGUUAGAACUCCAACUUUCCUACACUCUUCGUCAACAGAAUCCAGUUGGGUAUACUGUACCAAUCCAUCUUCCUGUGAUCAAUCAAGUAUUUAGUAGCAGUCGUGCAGUAAAAAUAUCUCCAAAUUGUCCAGUAGCAAGACUAAGGCCUGCAGGAAAGUACAUGCCUGGGGAGGUGGUUGCUGUUCGUGUCCCACUGCUACAUCUUUCCAAUUUCCAAAUUAAUGCUUGGCCAGAACUUUCAACAAAACGAUAUGCUUUGAUGGUUUUGAUGCUUCCUUCAGAUAGUGCAAGGCAAUGGCAUGUACAUGAGUUGGAGCUUGUUGAAGUGGUUGCUGAUCAGGUAGCUGUUGCUCUUUCACAUGCUGCAAUUUUAGAAGAGUCAACGAGGGCUAGGGAUCUUCUUAUGGAGCAGAAUGUUGCACUUGAUCUGGCCAGAAGAGAAGCAGAGACAGCAAUCCGUGCUCGAAAUGAUUUCUUGGCUGUUAUGAAUCAUGAGAUGAGAACCCCAAUGCAUGCAAUUAUUGCUCUAUCUUCUUUGCUUCAGGAAACUGAGUUGACACCUGAACAGCGUUUGAUGGUUGAAACAAUUCUUAAGAGUAGUAACCUUCUUGCUACUCUAAUAAAUGAUGUAUUGGAUCUUUCUAGGCUGGAAGAUGGCAGCCUUCAACUAGAACUUGGAACUUUUAACCUUUAUGCUGUAUUCAGAGAGGUCUUUAACUUGAUCAAGCCCAUUGCGUCUGUUAAAAAGCUUAAUGUUUCAUUAAAUUUGGCUCCAGACUUGCCAGAAUAUGCCAUUGGUGACGAGAAGCGCCUGAUGCAAACAAUUUUAAAUGUUGUUGGUAAUGCGUUGAAAUUUUCAAAGGAAGGCAGUAUUUCUGUCACUGCUUUUGUUGCAAAAUCAGAGUCACUGAGAGAUCCUCGAGCCCCUGAAUUUUUCCCCGUGCCAAGUGAUAAUCACUUUUAUUUGCGUGUACAGGUAAAAGAUUCUGGUUCAGGGAUUAGCCCCCAAGAUAUUCCCAAGUUAUUUACCAAAUUUGCACAAACUCAAUCAACAGCAACACGAAAUUCUGGUGGCAGUGGACUGGGCCUUGCAAUUUGUAAGAGGUUUGUAAAUCUAAUGGAGGGACAUAUUUGGAUUGAGAGUGAAGGUCUUGGUAAGGGAUGUACUGCUAUCUUCAUUGUAAAACUAGGUAUCCCAGAACGCUUGAAUGGGCCUAGACUUCCCUUCAUACCUGAAGUGUCAACAAGUCAUGGUCCGACAGCUUUUCCUGGGCUUAAAGUUCUGGUUAUGGAUGAGAACGGGGUUAGCAGGAUGGUGACUAAGGGGCUUCUUGUGCACCUAGGGUGUGAUGUAACAAUGGUAAGCUCGAGUGAUGAGUGUUUGCAUGUGGUUUCUCAUGAGCACAAGGUUGUUCUCGUGGAUGUUUGUGUUCCUGGUAUUAAUGGUUAUGAAAUUGCUAUCCGCAUACAUGAAAAAUUUACAAAACGCUAUGAAAGGCCAUUAAUAGUGGCGCUCACUGGAAAUACAGACAAGGUGACGAAAGAGAAGUGCAUGAGGGUUGGUAUGGAUGGUGUUAUAUUGAAACCUGUUUCACUUGAUAAAAUGAGAAGUGUUUUAUCAGAUCUUUUGGAGCAGUGAGUUCUUUUCGAGGCAACAUAAACACGAAGAAUAUCUCAUGACCGACCGUGUGACCGGGAAAUGAAUAAAACGUGGAAGGCGAUGAAAAGAAAUUCUCUGGAUGGUGUAGUCUGUGUAUGGAACCAGGCGAAAUCAGAGCACCACAAGGAAAGGAGCAGUUGGUGCAAAUGGUAAGGUAUGUCAAAUGAAUUUAUGUGUGUUCUCUUGUGCAACAAACACACUAGUGAAUGAAACAACAGAUUUAUGAAAUGGUUUUCCAAUAGGUGGUAAGGAACACAACUUCUUGUGAUUUUAUUACAUUAAAACAGAAUCUUGUAAAUGCUUUUAUUGUGUCAAAGUCGUGCGAUCUCUUUCCUAUUAAAAAAAAAUUGCAAAAUAAAGCUAAUGCUAAAAAUAAAAUUUCCACUGUCAUUUCUACGACCUUUUAUUCUAAUGAAUGAACAAAUUAAGAACACUAAUAAGUAUAUAUUCAUGCAUAAAUUUUGCUUCUAAAAGUUUUUAGUUUAAAAGGUGCCUUUCAUCUAACCAAUAUUC